CUCGUUUCCCGAUAUGAUAUCGUUGUGGACCAGCCCUUCCCUCCUGGCUGAAUUAAAUGGUAAGAACACCUGUAGUGUCGCUGACUGGUCUAAGGAUGGGCUGAGAUGCCUGAUGAAUCGCACCGCUCUCUGCUUCGAUGAGCGACUCUGACGGGGCUCGGGUGCAGAAUGACUGGUCUACCUGCAAGCCCUCACCUAGCACACAAUUUCCCCAUCUCAUCUAUCGAAAUCGCGCCUCCCACUUUUGAGCAGCACUAUUCGGGCUUCGGUGUCCAAUUUUCAAGGCCCAGAAUCUCAUGGCGGUUUUCUACCACCAAUGCUCGUGUCUACGACUGGGUUCAGAACGCCUAUGACCUUGAAAUCAGACCCAUCGGCGGGCAGGCUGGGCUAUACCAUGUCGACAGUGCAGAAUCUGCGCUCGUCCCGUGGCCUGCCCGAUGCGCCGCCUUGAAAUCUAGGGAGCAAAGAGAAGUUCGAGUGCGGUGCUAUGGCACUUGUCGGCAGGAUGAUGGAACGGCCUCGCAAGAGGCAACAGAAGUUUCGCAUUGGUCAGACUGGAUCGUGGUCGAGGCUGCUCUACUUAGCAGCCAUGACUGGUCUGCCAGCAUGAUCACAAUCAAGGAUCCAAUUUUGCCCAACGAAGACGGAUCGGCUCGUCCCUUGAUCUUUCGAAAACGAUUCUUCUUACCGUCCGACAGGAAGAUCAAGAAGGCUCGAUUUUAUGCCACCAGCCACGGGGUCUACUAUGCGAGCCUCAACAAUAAGGCUAUAGGCGACGAAUGUAUGGCACCGGGCUGGCAAAGCUACAAGAAGCGUCUUCACUACCAAGUACAUGAUAUCGGAUCCCUCCUUUUUCAUGGCGUAGAAAACCUUCUUGUGGUUAAUGUGGGAGCUGGGUGGUUCGCGUCUGCUUUGUCAUGGGUUUGUCGGAGGUUCGUCUACGGAACCGAGCUUGGUAUCAUGGCGCAACUAGAAGUGCAGUUUGAUGGAACUGAUGAACCGUUCACCGUCUGUACAGAUUCGUCCUGGUCAGUCACCUCCUCGGCCAUUCUGAGUAGCGAGAUCUACAACGGAGAGGUCUAUGAUCAGCAACGAGCGAUCGAUAUUACUCAGGAAAACGCGCAGCUCUCUCAGAACCCUUGGCAUGAGGCCAGAGUCUCCAAUACCGUCGUCGCACCCUUGACCUCGCCAAAUGGGCCACCGGUGAGAGUAACGGAACGCCUGCGACCGAAAUCAUUUUCCAGAUCUCCAUCUGGUAAGACCAUUAUAGAUUUCGGACAAAAUAUUGCGGGCCGACUAUGCAUCAGGCGUCUGCUAAAACCUGCGGGCCACAAGGUCACAUUCCGUCAUGCAGAAGUAAUGGAAAAUGGUGAGCUGGGAACCGCGCCGUUACGAACAGCACAGGCGAAAGAUACCGUGAUAUGCGCAGGGGAAAUUCUGACGGAUUGGUGCCCCAAAUUCACAUUUCAUGGUUUUCGGUACGUCGAAGUGACAGGGUGGUCUGAGCAGGACAUGGAGAUGCCCUUGACCAAGGACAGCCUCUUUGCAGAAGUGUUGCACUCCGAUAUGCGAAGGACAGGUUGGUUCUCCUGCUCUAACGAUGAGGUAAACCAAUUUCACCAGAACACAGUGUGGAGUCUGAGAGGCAACUUCCUUAGCAUCCCGAGUGAAUGUCCUUCCAGAGACGAGAGGCUGGGAUGGACAGGUGACUUAAAUCUUUUUGCACCUACGGCUACCUUUCUCUACGAUGCUUGCGGGAUACUGGGAGACUGGCUGCAAGACUUAUACGCCGAUCAAAUGGACGAGCAUGAGGGAUGGAAGAAAGGCAUGGUGCCGCUCUAUGUACCAAAUUGUCUACUGGGACUUGGUCCUGAAGAUGACGGAUGGCAUCACAUGCCGAAUGGCGUUUGGGGUGAUGCAGCAGUCAUGGUACCAUUUCAGCUCUACUUGAUGACCGGUGACAAGCAUAUUCUAUUGCGCCAAUACGAGAGCAUGACUCAGUGGCUUGAAAGUGGUGUUCGACGCGGCGAAGACGGUCUUUGGGAUCGCUAUCAAUGGCAAUUCGGCGACUGGCUGGACCCUUCGGCACCGCCCAAUGAUUCGGGAAGAGGUCGGACGGAUGGUACUUUUGUCGCCGACUGUUUCCUGAUUGAGUCGACCAGGAGGAUGGCCUUCAUCGCCAAACAUCUCCAAAAAUUGGACGACUUUGUUCACUUCAGCACGGUUCACCUCCAGCUAUUGACGGCUUUUCGAACGAAAUAUGUGACACCGGCGGGCCUUCUGGCCCCUGACACAGCCACAGCCAAUGCACUUGCCAUCGCCUUUGAGCUGCUGCCAUCACCUGAGAAGUCUCAUACCGCUUCAGAAGAGCAUACAACAGCCGCGCGCCUCUCUCGUGCCCUGCGUUUUGACGACUUCUGCAUUUCGACCGGUUUCGUCGGCACUGCCUUUCUGCUGUCCAGUCUCACUAAGACCCAUCAGGACACUCUCGCGUACCAGAUGCUUCUAUCCCGGUCCAUCCCUUCGGUCCUUUACCCCGUGCGCAUGGGGGCAACGACAAUAUGGGAGCGUUGGAACAGUCUAAAGCCUGACGGACACAUCAACGAAGCCAGCAUGACAAGUUUCAACCAUCACGCCCUGGGUGCUGUCUCAAGUUGGCUGCACGAGUGCGUUGGCGGGAUCAAAGCCGACGAGCCUGGCUGGAAAACUAUCGUGAUUGAGCCGUGCAUUAACAGAAUGCUCUCGUAUGCAGAGGUGACGUACGAGUCUGUUUAUGGACGCAUAGAAUGCCGGUGGAAGCUUGAUGGUGAUACCUUGAGCAUCGACGUUGAGGUACCCCCAAAUACCCACGCCCGUAUCGUCUUGCCCGACGCGCGCGACAGACGAGCUCAGGGUUUGGAAGUUAAUGACUGCUGGGUGGGAUCAGGACGGUACCAUUUUAAAAGCGAGUACAAACGAGCGGAUCAGCCAGUAAAAGCCAUACUCCCGCCUUGGGGAAGGUCGAGUUUCUGAGUUCUAACGACUUGGUCAAUGGUCGAUCAUUUCUGAGUCUAGCAGGCGCCCUUCUCCCCUCGGUUCUCGUUGACAUACCCAAGCCGCCCAAUGCAACGGAUGCAUACAGCGUUGCACAAUCGACGUCUGGUGGGUAACUAGGUAGAUCAAUGGCCCUCUGUACGUAUACUCGCUCGUCUCCUUGUCAGCACAAUUAGAGCCUCUCUCCAGGUAUACCGGCACAAGUAGGACUGAUAGACAGAAC